GACUGUAGCGCAUUGAGGACAGCUUUCAGAAAGAGAGGUUUGACAAGGCUAGGAUACAAGCUAAAAAGUAUCUAGUGGAUGAUGUCGUCAUGGUGUUGAAGACGGAUGCACCGUGUACUGGUGCCAACAGAAAUUUGGUGCCGAAAUAUAAGGGACCUUUUAAAGUGACGAAGGUUCUCUAUAACGAUCGAUACGAGGUGGUUGACCUGAGAGAAAACUACAAGAGAUAUAAGACUGUAGUUGCUGCAGAUAAGAUGAAACCAUGGAUCUUACUACGUGAUGCUGAUUUUUCUGGAUCUGAGGACAGACACAGCAGCAGGAUGGCCGAAUGUGAUGAAUCUUCAAACUAGAAAUACAUUCUUGAUGCGCCACUGGUACUACCGUGUAGCCAAGGGACAAGGAAUGCGGGCGGUGGUGUCGGACGAGAGAGGCGCGGGGAGAGGAGAACGCAAAAAAAGAGAAGAGCGUGGUUUUUUACGACCGAGGUGCGAGGUAUUUUUGGACAGAAUAUUUUGGAAAGGAAAAUAGAGUACAUGAUUAUUGA